UCGUUCGUCAGUGUGUCGAGAACGUAGCAUGUGCCCACCAGUCCAUAGUCACGUACACGUCUACCUACCGCACCAUCAACCUCAUAAUAAACUUUUUUCUUACGGCUACCGUUAGUGAGACAGAUCAAGCUCAACGGAAAAAUUUUCAGCCUGGUUAUUCAGUCGUUCGAACUACCGUUUUCUUUCGAAUUCAAAUCGACCCACCGAGUGAAGUUGAAUUUGACGCUCGCGCACAAAUCGCACGUGCUUUUUUUCCUCCGCUCUCUGUUUCUUUCCCAGUAUAUGUAUCAGUUCGAAGACUCCUUUGAAAUUACUUCAAUUUAACGUGCAAUUAUUCAGGCCCGGUAAUAAUUCAAAAGGGAGGAAUCGCGUUUCACGUUUUCCCCCAAACAAUUGAGUGAAAGCGUUCGGUCGAAGUUUAAGUGAAACGAAAAUAAAACUGUUUUCCAAAGUAAAAGUGUUGAAGGAAUACUCGGUGUCGACGAAAUCUGUUGAGCUCCGUUGGCCCAUAAUGUACUCAAAAUAAAUUUGAACAGCGAAAAUCUGUCAUACAUUACAAACGACGUGAGCCUGAAUUUUCGGAAGGAGAUUAGUUCGAAGGAAAAAUUCGUUUUUCGAGUGAACCGGGCCACGCGCAUUCCGAAGAGGCUCGAGUUUCUAGAGCAAAGGCCAUAGCGAAGGAAACGAAGGAAAGAGAAAAAAAGCGAGAGAAUUCGUUUGCUCUUCUGAGCCGAGCGGAAAGCGCAUCGACCCGAGAAAAGUUAGCGUUCAUCGAGUUAUCUCAAUUCAUCUCUCCCUCCUUUUUUGCAAUAUCAGCAUCUCUCUGACUAUAAUCGUCGUUCAUCUCUCUUCUCCUUGCUCAUUCUCGUUCUCCCGAUCGAAAGAGCGCAGCAGGCAAAGUUUAUUUAUCAACGAACAUCUCGAAGAUUGUGGACGCGUUUUGCCGAUCCAGUGAUACCGGAUACUAACGUGCGGUACAAUAAAAAUAUAAAUAAAUAUAUUUACAUACGAAUAUAUUAAAACAACGAAAGCAGAAGAGAGCUGUCGGAGCACACGGACGAAAAAUCUCUUCGCAAGUCAAAAUGAGCUGUACAAGCGCACCGUCAACCGUGGCCAAGAAAUGCGAAACUCUUCUCAGCAAGUGUGAAAUACCGAUCAUCGAUCUCGGUCACAUGGGCCUCGAGCGAUGUCCGCAGAAGGGAGUGGUCAAGCAGGUCGCCUCGAAACUCGUGCGGGCUCUCUCCGAGAAGGGAUUGGCGUUCAUCGUCAACCACGGGAUCCCUGAUUGCAAGAUGAAGGCCGUGUACCGAGCCUUGGACGAGUUUUGCGUCUUGCCGGCGGAUUCUCGCGCCAAGUACGAGUGCGUCGCACCCUCUAGUCACGGAUACGUCAAGCCGGAAGUGGAGGAUCCUUCGUCGCCGGCCGACAAAGAGGCCAGACACGCUUUCAUCAUCACCGGGGAUACUGAAGUCUUGCCGGAAGACGAGGUGCCCGGUUUCCGUGCCGCUGUGGAAGAACUCUCGAGGGAUUUUAAGCAGCUCUCGGGCAUGCUGCUCCAGGCGCUCUCGGUGGGUCUGGAACAGCCGCCUGAAUUCUUGCCCAGCAAGCACGCGCACAUGCUUAAAGAAGGAAACGAAACUGCCCUUCGCCUUCUUUACUAUCCGCCAUCCGGAGUUGUCGAGUCCAGCCUCACUCAUUACGGAGCGCGUUGCGAUUACGGGACCUUUACGCUUCUCGCCCAGGACCGGGAGAGUGGCUUGGAGAUUCAAACGUUGAGCGGUGGUCGUUGGGAACGAGUCGGCCAUUUGACCGGUGCCAUAUUGAUAAAGACCGGUGACAAGCUCGCGAGUUGGACGAACCAGCAGUUCCAAACGUUGAAACAUCGGAUCGUUGUGCCCGAGCAGUACGGCCGAGGACGUCACUCGAUCGCUUUCUUCGUUCAUCCGGACAAGGACACGACGAUCGAGCCGCUGGAGACAAAGAUCGCGACUGCGUCGGGUCAGGAGCCGGUGCUUUGUCGAAUGGAAAAGAAGAAGCGAGGCGUUAUGACGGCCUACCAUCAUCUUCAACGUCGGUUCAGAGAAACAUACGCCUCUUAACGCUCUACCACUGCAUCGCAAUUCGUUUUUCAAUCCAUUAUCCGAUGGUAGCACAUACUUUUGAAUACCAUACGAGCGAUGAGUUCAAACGAAAGCAUAAAUAUAAAACGGAGCAGCGCGUUAUUCUCAUGUACUUCGACGACCGUCCGCUCGUCGAGAAAAAUCCCAAGUUUGCAAACUAAAAAGAAACGAAAUAUUUUCAAGAGGUUCGUCCAAACGUGUUUCUGACACACGCGCCAAGUAUUAAAAUUCAUCCCUCUGCCAAUCUUUUUUUUACGCUGCAAAUGUAGCGGACGCGAGUUGAUCUUAAGAAUCAAACGAUUGCGAUAGACUGAAUAGAAUUUUAAAAGAAUACGACGAAUUAGAAAGAAGGAAAUAAAGCGAGAGACGGAAGAGAGAAAUUUUAGCAUGGGCUCGUGCAUCGAUAAGCUGAUUAUGUUUGUAUUGUAUGCAUUUAACGGCCCGCACGCUCACCGAGGCUGACGGCCCUGGGGCUGAGUUACUACUUUUCGUAUGCACGACGCCUAAAGUUUCAGCUCGUAAAUACUUCAUCAAUCUCGAAAGCUCUCAAUCCUGACGUUAUCGACCGAGAGAUGUUUGUUGUUUUUGUUUCUUUUCUUCUUUAUUCAUUAUUUUCGUGUUUCUGCGUCCAAUGUCCAGUAAUAGAAUUUCGCGACAACCACUCGUAUACCGUCCGACACGAAUUGUUUCGUCCUGCUCGUCCGCGCGUUCGAUAUUUAUAAUGGGAAAUUUGCGAUACUUCUAGUGCCUGUUUGUAACGUUCGCCAACACGAGAUUAACAGUAUGGAGUCUCGAGCAAUAAUUAAAUCAAUUUGUACUUAAA